UUUUCUUUUUCAAUUUCCCAAUUCUUUUUAAAAGAAUGAUGGGAUAAAGUAAAAUUAGCAAAUACAGGGAGUACAGGUGUCACUAAAGUAGAAGAGAAUAACGAGAAUUGGAAAAGAUAGGUAGUAGUAUAAUUUCUUUUCAGCCCAAAACCCUUAAAAGUUCCAAUCUUUCUGCAAGUUUACCCAUUAAAUUUAAGGUCCCCAUUGUGAUUUGUGUGAGCUUGAUGAGGUUGAGCCCCAAGGCCUUGUAGUUGUUAGCUAAUGGGUUUUUUCCCCAGAAGCUGAUGGUUGAUACGUAUCUCACAUCAGCCCCUUCAGGAAUGACAUUUUACAGGAGUCAUACCCCUGAAGAUUCUGAGCUGAAAUGCCUAUGUGGGCUUCCUGCAAAACUGAGAUUAUCUCAAACCCCAAAAAACCCGUUUAGGUUAUUCUAUAAUUGUCCAAAGGGUAUAUCUGCACAAUGUGAAUUCUUUCGUUGGUCGGAUGAACCAGCUCCAACGGGCGAUAGGGAGACCGAUGAGCAAAAUCUUAUCCGUCAUGAGUGCAUUCGACUACAAGAAAGCUUAAAUGAAAUUCAACAGGAACUGGACUGUGAGAGGACUGAAUGGGGUAGGGAAAAAUCAGAGCUAACUUCACAACUAUCAACUCUGCAAUCUGAGCUUGAUGCUCUCAAGAAAAGAAUCAAGAUUGCAAAUGAAUCAGAUCUUAUGCCCCCUCUUGACAAGCUAUCCAUAGCAGAUGAUAAGGAUGAUGAUGCCUUAGUACUACAUACUGUAUGCUGAGCAUGGACAGAACUGGUUUGCAUGGCAUUUUUUUUGCUUAAAUGCCCAAGUAGUCUCAUAUUGUAAAGUUAUGUGAGCAAAUCAGUUAUGGCCUUGAACAUUUAUAAACUAUCUUAGUGGUAAAUCUUAUGUGUUAUUGACUAUUAAAAUAUUGAAUUCUGUUUAGAUGAAGUUCUGGAUUUCAAUGGAAGAGAGAGAAGAAUAGAAGCUUCUUCCU